AGGAGGUAUGUAUGAAGAGGAGAAAGAGAGAGAGAUGAUUAAGAAACAGUUAAGAAAGCUGUCAGAGUGAAGUUCUCAAGGCUGUUAAAAGUAGAGCGAAAAGUUCGAUUGUUCGUUAAUCCUAUUCUUGAUACGUGAGUUAAUUUCUAAUAAAUUCUCUGUGAGACAAAUUAUACCGAUGGACGACGUUGCGGAUUCGCGAGGGCGAGAGGCGGUGCUACCCGAUCACAGUGGUAUCAGCGGUAGUGUUGCGUGCUGUAAUGUAAACAUGACGUCGAUAGACUCGGGAGUGGAAACCGGGAAUGAUUCGAACGACAGCUCGAUCGUCCAGCAGGAGGGUCAGCAACAGCAGGUCGUCGCUAGUCAGGUCAUCAGUAACGGCGUCACGGCCGUCGAUGCUAAUUCCAUUGGAGAGUUUCCCCUGGACUUGUACGAUUGGCCCGCUGUAUUACAUCCUCUGUUUGUUCCCGAUGAAAGCAGACGGACCUCACCCGAGGUCACUGUGAUGUUGCAAAGGAAUAGGCUACUUAAAAUCAAUGCCGAGACCUUAGAAAUAAUACGCAAUAAACACAAGAUUAGUGAAUUAUCAACACCCUCUGAUCUAUACCGUCCUAAAAUAAGAGUGCGUGUCCUUCGUACAUGGCGUAAAAAUACGAAUACCCAAGCUGUAGCCUGGAAUGAUUGGGGUUAUACAGAAAUAGUUCGUUUAUUACUAGAAAACGGUGCAGAUCCGAAUCAGCGUGAUUGUAUAGGAAAUACGCCGUUGCAUCUAGCCACGGUUAACAGCAAACUAUCGGUAGUGACACUGCUCUUAACAGCUGGUACUGACGUUCUCGCAUUAGAUUCGUAUGGUUAUAAUCCACUGCAACUAGCGAAAACGAAAUUAAGAAUGUUACAACGAAACUGUAAUAAUGAGGAUAUGCUUGAGAUCAAGGAAGAGAUGCAUAAUGUAAUUAAUAUGUUGAUGGCAUAUCUACAAAAGCAAAAGAAUAUGCGAGAACAGGUAGAAACGUUGAGCAAUUUUUGCUCACGUCUUUCCUUAUCUAAUACCUCAGAUCAGGUUCAGGAUAAUGUUAAAGAUUUACUGGCAAACAUAAAUGCUCUUAGUAUAACUGAUUAG